CUGUACACUUUUUUUCGUAUCUCCAAGCAACCUGGGCUGAUCUCAUUGGAUUACGUUCCUUUCCUUACUUCAUAAACCAAAUCAUGCACAAACUCAAAAGAUACUGGAUGAAGAAGUGGAAGCUCAUGUAUACCAGACAAAUGACAAGAAUCUGGAUUGCCCUUUUGCUCGUCUUCCUAUCCUGUGCAAUAUUCCAAGUUGUUCAGAAUCUCCAGUGUACCAGCAAAUGCAAAUGUGAUUGCCAACUGAAGCAGCUUCCCCUCCAGCAAAGCAGAGCACAUGAGAAUUCAUUUCAGGACCAAAGAGACCCAAACUCUGCUCACCUUUUCUCAAAACCUAUGGAAAGCAACAUCACCUCAGGAAACAACACGGUGAAACCACUGAUGCCCAAGGCCAGCCCUGCUGAGAAAAAGGGACUUGUCACAAAACUGAGUACAGCAUUAAACCAAAUCAGACUCCUGGACACUAGUUUUGGAAGUGAAGAAGAGUUCUGGCAAAAACCUUUUGUAAAAGAUAAAGAAGUGGAGAUUCUACAUUUAAAAAACACACCGAAAGACCUGAAUACUAAAAAAAAUCCUGCAAGGGCUCCUGAAGUGACCUUUUCAGCUGGUAGGAAACUUGGUACUACAAUAAAAGCUGUCCUUUCCCAGAUCAAAGUGAACAAAUCUGUAACAAAAAUAAUUGCAGAUGACCAAGUCCCUGGUGUGAAUGGCUCAUUUCAAAGCCCAACCAAAACAUCACCUUCCUCUAUCCACAGCAGAAGCAACACUUCCAGUUUUACAAAAACAAAUUCACAAACCUUUAACAUCUCCAAAGGCAGAAACUCAGCUGAAGUGGCAUCAUCAGCAAAGAUACCUCUGCCUGAGAAUACAGUCCUUCCAAAGGUUGAAAGAACAAUCAGAGCACAUAUCACCAACUUCUCCCAAGAUGCAACAUGCAAACCCAAGACUCACAUAGUUUUCCUGAAAGUACACAAGAGUGCCAGCAGCACUGUUAUGAACAUUUUGUUCCGCUUUGGUGAGACUCACAACCUCACCUUUGCCUUGCCAGUCAAUGGUGUUCAUCAGUUGAAUUAUCCUCAUUAUUUCACAGCAGCUGUUGUGGAGCAACUUUCUCCAGGCAAGGAGUCCCAGUUCAACAUUAUGUGUCAUCACAUGAGGUUCUUUAAGCCAGAGGUUGCAAAAGUCAUGCCAAACUCUACCUUCUACUUUUCCAUCCUCCGCAAUCCUGUUCAACUCAUGGAAUCUUCAUUCACCUACUAUAAAGGGACAUCUGCAUUCUCCAAAGCCAGGGACUUGGAGGAGUUUCUCAAGCAACCUUCCCAGUUUUACAACGCAUCAUUGACAGACAGCCAUUAUGCCAAAAACUUAAUGGCAUUUGAUUUUGGGUAUAAUCACAAUGGGAACUUCUCAGCCAAGCACAUCCAGCUCAUGCUACAUGCCAUUGAGGCAGAAUUUGACCUUCUCCUGAUCUCAGAGUACUUUGAUGAAUCAAUGGUGCUGCUGAAGGAGACCUUGUGCUGGGACCUGGAUGAUGUGACCUUCUUCCCUCUCAACAGCAGACACAACAGCACCAAGACCCCCCUUUCAGAAAGCACUACAGAGAAGAUAAAGAGCUGGAACAGGCUUGACUGGGAAAUCUAUGUGCAUUUCAAUAAGACCUUCUGGGAGAAAAUAGACUGGCACAUUGGCAGGGAGCGCAUGCAAAAUGAAGUGAGGACACUGCAGCAGAAGCGGGAGCAGCUUGCAAAGAUGUGCCUUCAAGAAAAUGGCAGUGUAGGUCCACAGCUGAUCAAAAACCAGGCAUUGGCACCACUGCAGUAUGGCAAAGCAGUAAUCAUGGGAUACAAUUUAAAGCCUAGCCUAGAUAAAACAACAAGGCGGAUGUGCCAGCGCAUGGUGACACCUGAACUUCAAUACAAUAAGUUCCUGUACAAGAAACAGUUCCCAAAGAAAGUUUUGAAGCGCAGUAAUGCAGCUGUCUUGCCUAAACUAUCUAAUCGCAGGGCAGUUUGAGACAAACAUCAGUAUGAAAUGGGCUCUGAUUUACAUCCAGAAACCAUUAGGGCUAACGUGGUAGGAUAAAAGACCAGCUGGAAAUCAUGCUAAUACCCAGAGUGAGUUUUCCAUUCACUGACUGCCAAAGCCCUUAAAAGAUAUUCUGGCUAGGGUGUGCACCAUUUCAUCAUCAUCAUCAUCAUCAUCAUCAUCAUCAUCAUCAUCAUCAUCAUCAUCAUCAUCAUCAUCAUCUGGUAUUUUGUGGGUUGGGUUUGACCCAGAGAUUUUCAAAAAUGUGAACAAAUCCAAGUCCCCACACAUAAGGGGAUGUUUGCUUUUUCAGAUAUUCAGUUUUUUUCAGGUCUAUUAAACCCAAACCUGAAAAAUUCCAGAUGCUUCUGAACUCCACGUGGUUUUCAGAGGUGACAGGUGGCGCAGAGCUGAAUGCUGGGCUUCAGCUCUGUGCUGCUUGCUGACUGUGAGACCCAUGUGGAGUUCAGAGGCAGUAAUGCAGGGCUGAACAUUUGGCUCCUCUCAGCCAAGCCCAGCCUUCAGCUUUGUGCCGCCGGCCACCUUCAAGACCCAGCUAAUCAGCAAGUAAAUGAAGGGGAGCGGGCGGGAGGAAGAGGGGGAGGAAGAGGGAAUUCCCCCCCAUAGGCCGCCUUGAUUCUUAAGGUGGGGUAUAAAUGUAAUGUAAUAAAUAAAUAAAUAAAAAUUAAACUAAAAAAAAUUUUUUUUUAAAGCAUCUUAAAUCCUGCUGGAAAAGUUCAGCAUGAUUCAAGAUCUGCUUUCCGGCUCCCUCAAAUAGCCACCAGUACCAGUACCAAUAAGGUAUUUUUCAAAUUUCUUUCAGUUCAGCUUUGCCAAAUGCACACCCCUAAUUCUAACAUAUGUGGGACUCCAAAUCCACAUGUUCAUCUGUUUCUCCAUACUGUUUCCUUAGCUGCCUGCCACUGCAAUACAUCUCAGCUGCUGCAGUUUCCCCAUUUUUCAAUGUUAUUUUACCAUACAAAUAUAAUGUUGGGAGAAAUCGUAGCAAGUUAGAUUGUUACUGGAUUACUGUAUUGGCAACUGGGCUCUGCCUCUAUAUCAAGUCCUACAGGGGAAAAAGAGGUUACUGGAGGUCUUGAAAAAUCCCCCCUUAACAAUCUUAGCAUGCUAUUUGAAUUCUAGGAUUUAUUUAUUACUCAGUUUUCAGUGAGGGCUAGAUCUAAAUUUUUAAGGGGGGCAAAAGUACAAAAUGAUACUUCCUAUAUAUUAUAUACAUAUUUUAUACACACACACACA